ACCAAGGACCCCAGCAUGAAGACCCCGAGCCUGGGGAGAUGGCUGUCCUCGUGGGAGUGUUCUGGGCCUGUUGUCGCAGGCCUGGCACUGGCCACCUGGACAGCACCAGCCGAGACCCCGCUCGAGCAGAGUGCUCUCUGGGGACGUGCAGGUCGGGGCGUCUUUCUCUCGUCGCAGCUGUGUGGACGGCGCCACACGCCUUCCCGGACAACGACGGCUCUUGCGUGCGUCUUCCAGUGUCUCUUUUGUCAGAGAGCCCAGCAGAGCCCCAGGUCUUCCAGCGCCAGCCCUGAGCUGAGUGAGGAGUGGCCGGCCGAGAUGGUGAAGAUGACCAAAUCCAAAACUUUCCAAGCGUACCUGCCAACCUGCCACCGCACGUACAGCUGCAUCCACUGCAGGGCCCACCUGGCCAACCACGACGAGCUGAUCUCCAAGUCCUUCCAGGGGAGCCAGGGCCGGGCCUACCUCUUCAACUCCGUGGUGAACGUGGGCUGCGGCCCCGCGGAGGAGAGGGUCCUGCUCACGGGGCUGCACGCGGUGGCCGACAUAUACUGUGAGAACUGCAAGACCACGCUGGGCUGGAAGUAUGAGCACGCCUUCGAGAGCAGUCAGAAAUACAAGGAGGGGAAAUUCAUUAUCGAGCUCGCGCACAUGAUCAAGGACAAUGGCUGGGAGUAAAGGGGAAACCUGCCCUUCGCGUUUGAAUAUAUUUUGUGAAAGACGGGGACGUGGUGACUGCGGACGCCUGAACUCUGACCUCGCGGGCUCGCCCUGCCAGCCCCUGCCAGCCUUCGCGUGUCCCGGCGCGCCCUUGGGUAAGGUGUCCCUCCGAUCCGGUCCUCUCCACGUACGCGGCCGCUCCGGAACAUUCUCCUGCGACCUUCCCUAACUUCGCAAGCUCAGGAGAAAAAACGACCCGGCUGAUGACCCCUAGCGAGCGCUCCCGCUCGGCCUGCGCCUGGUCUGUGCGGUGUGGCCGCGUCUCCACAGGCUCGCUGUGACCGUCGGGCUCUCGUCCUCGCUUUCUCAGAGUCAAGGUAGCGUAGAUCCCCACCCCCGCUUUUUCCCCCCCCUAGUUCACAAAACUACAAAUUGGAUAUUUGUCUUUCAGAUGAACUGUUCAGGCAUAGUGUUCCUUUGAGAAUCUUCUAGAAGCAGUCAACAAACUUAAACAGCAAGGUUUGGGAUUUUUUCGGUUUUUAGUGCAAAGACAGGACACCACUGAGAGGCUGAGCCGCACCCGAAGGGGUGCCUGCUGGACACCCCCGUUUCCUUUCCAUGUCUAGGAAGCCAGUGAGCUAGACCUUAGGACUGUCCCACGGGCCCGCAGAGGCUCCAGCCUCGCAGGGUCUGGUCCUGGUCCCGGCCCAUGGCCCUCAGCCUUCACAGUGGCCAAGUGGCUGGUCCAUGCAGUUACUGAGUCCCACAUCUGACCAAGUAAGAGUCGGGUUUCGUUCUACCCUGGACGUACUUGAAGAAAAAAUUAUUUUUGCAGAGGAGAGGCCGACAGGGAAAACUUCUAUCUUUUCAGAAAUGGUUCAAGUUGCAAGGCGGGCUUCACCUUUGUAGGAGAGGUUUGGCUUGCUGCCGGUCCCCCUGCCUGCAGGGACCUGUCAUGGACCCAUGGGAAGGGACCGGUGCCCUCGCCAAGCCCUGUUUCUCCCACUUAGUUGUCGCCUUGGUCCACUGUCCAUGUGGGUCUCUGCUGGGAGUGGGGUUUGCCAAUUUGCAGAGAACGAAGGCCAAGAGACAUUCCAGAUAAGAUUCGGUUUUCAACAUUUUGUAACCUGAGGGCAGAGGGCCCUGGGCGGGGCGGGGCGGGGGCGGGGG